AUGGGAAACAGCAGCUACAGAAUUCCAGGGCCUUGUUUAACCAUUUUACUAACAUUAGUGUGUACAGGCACCGCCAGAGCCAAAGUUCCUGCACUCAUUAUUUUCGGAGAUUCAACUGUUGACACUGGAAACAACAACUUCCGUCCAACACUUCUAAAGAGCAAUUUCGCACCCUAUGGUCGUGAUUUUGAAGGUGGACGUGCCACAGGGCGCUUCUGCAAUGGCCGCCUUCCUCCUGAUUUCGUCUCUGAAUCUUUUGGACUCAAGCCAACAGUACCUGCCUACUUAGAUCCAGCGUAUAAUAUCACAGAUUUUGCCACCGGAGUUACUUUUGCUUCUGCUGGAAGUGGCUAUGACAAUGCAACAGCCAUGGCUUCAAAUGUUAUACCGCUGUGGAAGGAAGUGGAGAUGUACAAGGAUUACCAAGGAAAAUUGAGAGCCCAUUUUGGUGAAGAGAAAGCAAAAGAAAUUAUUAGCAACUCUCUGUAUAUGUUGAGCUUAGGAACCAACGAUUUCAUGUUAAAUUUCUACGUAUUCCCUUACAGAAGAACCCAAUUCACAGUUAAACAAUACGAGGUUUUUAUCAUUGCAGCUGCUGAAAAAUUCAUCCGGCAAUUAUAUAGUCUUGGCGCGCGGAAACUAUCGGUGAGUGCACUUCCUCCAAUGGGGUGUUUGCCAUUUGAAAGGUUCUUAAAUAUAAAUGGCCGUCAUGAUUGUGUGACCCUCUACAACAAAGUGGCCAUGGAAUUUAAUGUGAAGAUGCACAAUUUAAUGGUAAAGUUGAACAAGAAGCUUACUGGAAUCAAAAUUUUAGAGUCAAGUAUUUACGACGUUUUAUACCAGAUGAUUACAAAGCCCUCUUCAUUCGGAUUCAAGGAAAAAGUUGACAAGGCAAAAGGAAAGACAUUUUCAUGGAAAAUGACAUCCCUGGUGACAAAAAUAGAAUGGGUAGAUAAAUUGUGUAAAAUAUAG